GCUGAUGCGUUGAUUGGAAUUUAUCCUGAAGCGGCAGUAAGCUGCCCCACAUCCGGUGUGCUAACGUUUGACCUAACACCUUACAAACAGACUGGUCUGAAUGACACCAGCAUAAUGGAAAGUACCGUCGUGAAUCCAAAAGGAGACUUAUCCGGAGUAAUAUUCUAUUCAUUGCUGAUGGCAUGUAUAGUCCUAUACGAUUGGAUAGACUGGUGGGCGUUGCCGGUUUCUGCUCCACAGGAGGGAGAUGAGGCGUCUCCGCGCAUGAAGCUUGGACAGCCUGCAGUGAUGAGUAUAUAUUGGUUCAAGAAUUUCGUUGGUAUUCGUCAGUCUGAAUUCGAGUUAUUGCGAGUGCCAGCACCAAGUACCGAGUUCUGCAUUCACGUCACAAUGAGAAGUGUACAGACCGGAGCUCUUCUUGGUUCGAUACUCGGCCCUCUGACAGCAAUGAUGUUUGAAGGAAAGAAUAUGAGCGCGAAACGUCUC